AUGUCGACGUGGAAAUUGACAAAGAAGCUGAAGGAGACUCAUCUGGGUCCCCUUGCCAACUUCUCGCGGUCGACGUCCACGUCCACCAUUGCUCCCGAGAAGGAAGAGAAGCCUGCGGCUACGCCUCCCGUCGCCUCCAGCACCCCGACACCCCCUUCCAGCAACAUUGCUGCCUCUGAAGCACUCAGCCAAACCGAUGUCAUCAAGCCCCCAAAACCCGGCAUCCUGGUCGUCACCCUCCACGAGGGCCAGGGCUUUGCCCUGCCCGAGCAGCACCGCAACGUCUUCAACCCCCAACACCAGUCCUCUCUGUCCACCAGCAAUGCCCUCUCCAACAUGGUCUCGGGGUCCGUCCGACCCAGCUCCUCGCAGCGCCCAGCAGGCGGCUUUACAAAUGGCUCCAGCCGGCCGCAGACGUCCGCAGGCAGCGGCUUCGGCAGCAUCCCCACCAACCACGGCCGUGUGUCGGGCAAGUACAUGCCGUACGCCCUUCUCGAUUUCGACCGCAUGCAGAUCUUUGUCAACUCCGUCGAGGGCACCCCCGAAAACCCACUCUGGGCCGGCGACAACACCCAGUACAAGUUCGAUGUGUCCCGCGUGACUGAGCUCGCCGUCCACCUCUACUUGCGCAACCCCAAUGCACCGCCCGGCUCUGGCCGCAGCCAGGACAUCUUCCUCGGUGUCACCCGCAUCAACCCCCGCUUCGAGCAAAGCCAGCCGUACGUCGAGGACCCCAAGCUGGGCAAGAAGGAUCGCGAAAAGGCCGCUGCCGAGCACGCGGCGCGCGAGCGUGCCGCAGGCUUCAGUGGCAUCGACUGGGCCGAUGUGCAGUACGGGCAGGGCCGCCUCAAGAUUGGCGUGACGUACGUCGAGAACCGGGCCGGCAAGCUCUCGAUUGACGACUUUGACCUCCUCAAGGUCGUCGGCAAGGGCAGUUUCGGAAAGGUCAUGCAGGUGUGCAAGAAGGACACGCGGCGCAUCUACGCGCUCAAGACCAUCCGCAAAGCCCACAUCAUCUCGCGAUCCGAGGUCGCCCACACGCUGGCCGAGCGGUCGGUGCUGGCCCAGAUCAACAACCCCUUCAUUGUUCCGCUCAAGUUCACCUUCCAGUCGCCCGAGAAGCUGUACUUUGUGCUGGCCUUUGUGAACGGCGGCGAGCUGUUCCACCACCUGCAAAAGGAGCAGCGCUUCGACAUCAACCGCGCACGCUUCUACACGGCCGAGCUGCUGUGUGCGCUCGAGUGUCUGCACGGUUUCAACGUCAUCUACCGCGAUCUCAAGCCCGAAAACAUUCUGCUCGACUACCAGGGCCACAUUGCCCUCUGCGAUUUCGGCCUCUGCAAGCUGGACAUGAAGGACGAGGACCGCACCAACACCUUUUGCGGCACGCCCGAGUACCUGGCGCCCGAGCUCCUCAUGGGCCAGGGCUACAACAAGACGGUCGAUUGGUGGACGCUCGGUGUGCUUCUGUACGAGAUGCUGACGGGCCUGCCGCCGUUCUACCACGAAAACACCAACGAAAUGUACCGCAAGAUCCUGUCGGAGCCGCUCUAUUUCCCGGGCACCGACAUCGUGCCGCCGGCCGCCAAGGACCUGCUCACCAAGCUGCUCAACCGCAACCCGGCCGAGCGCCUGGGCGCCAACGGUUCUGCCGAGAUCAAGGCGCACCGCUUCUUUGACGCCAUCGACUGGCGCAAGCUGCUGCAGCGCAAGUACGAGCCGGCCUUUAAGCCGAGUGUGACCGAUGCACGCGACACCGACAACUUUGACCCCAUCUUCACCAACGAGGCGCCCCUCGACUCGUACGUCGAGGGCCAGCCCCUGUCCCAGACCAUGCAGUACCAGUUCGAGGGCUUCUCCUACAACCGGCCGAUCGCCGGCCUGGGCGACGCUGGCGGCAGUGUGCGGGACCCGUCGUUUGUGGGCAGCAUCCAGGAUAACCGAUAA